GACCCGUUAUAUGCAAUUAAUACAGUAAUUCAAUUAGUAAAACAUUACAUAAUUGUCACCCCACCAACUUGAAAGUGGAUGAGUCAAUUGAAUGGAGGGGCAUUUCGUAACUCCCAACUUCAAAAAAUUCAUUGAGCCCCUCUUCGCUUGACACCCAGAUCUAGGCAUUUUGUCUGCGACACUCCCUGAGUCGCAGUUAGAUUCAAGCCAUCAAGCUGUUACUAUCUCGCAUUCUCCGCCCUCUUUCACGAGGUAUCCCUUUCCGAACAUUCACCAUGGCUGCCCUGGAAUCCCAGAAGCUCUCUUCCACCGAAGAGACUGAAGUCCAGCAAUGGAUCACCACGUCCGAGCGACUCAAGAGCUCCCCAUCCGACACCUCCAUCCUAGACAAACUUAACUCUCACCUGACCUCCCGAACCACUCUCCUUGGCACCAAACCCUCCAAGGCCGACGUCGCCAUCUACGAAUCCUUGGCUCCUACCGUCAAGUCGUGGACACCCGAGCAGCGCACCGGCGAGCACGGCCAUCCUCAUAUCUUGCGACACCUAGAUUUCGUUCAGAACUCCGGCGUCUUUGGUUUGAGUGUCAGCGAUGCAGACAAGGUCAAAGUCGACCCCGAAGAGAUCCUCUACGUCAAGCCGCCCACCGAUGCCAAGGCGGAGAAGGAGCGACUAAAGAAGGAGAAGGCUGCCGCUGCCGCCGCCGCUGCUGGCGGAGUUACCACCACACUCGUCGACCGAACGAGGGCCGCGGCCGAGACGGUCAAGGAUGUAGCAGUUGAAGCAAAGGACAAGGCUGCAGCAGCUGUUGGUGCCCCCGCCGCCGACAAGCCCAAGAAGGAGAAGAAAGAGAAGGCUCCUAAACCCCAGAAGGCCCCUGCCGCUCCUAAGACGCUGUCGCCCAAUCAAAUUGAGAUAAGAGUAGGCCAUAUCCUGAAGGCCAUCAAGCAUCCGGAAGCCGAUAGCUUGUUCGUUUCAACAAUUGCCAUUGGCGACCCGGCUGGCUACGAGGAUACCACCGAGUACGAGGGCCAGGUUUGCCGAACCAUUUGCUCUGGCUUGAAUGGCGUGGUGCCUUUGGAAGAGAUGCAGAACCGCAGGGUCGUCAUCGUUGCCAACCUGAAGCCUGUCAAGAUGCGGGGAAUUAAGUCGUCUGGUAUGGUUUUGUGCGCGUCGCCUAGGUUAAAGGAGGGUGAAGUAGACGAUCACAAGGGACCGUUCGAACUCCUCGCCCCGCCUCCCGAUGCUAAGGUUGGCGAGCGCUUGACCUUCCAGGGUUUCGACGGCGAGCCCGAGGGCAUUCUCAACCCUAAGAAAAAGAUUUGGGAGACAUUAUCUCCGGGCUUUAGCACAACUGAGAACUUGGAAGUCGUGUUUGAUGGCCGUGUAGUCAAGGAGGCGGGUAAGGAGGAAGUAGGAAAACUUGUUUCGGCCAGCGGAGGCGCAUGCACAGUUCAGAGCUUGAAGGAUGCCCCAGUACGAUAAUCAGGUAAUCACACAAGAUUCGGCGAAUUGGCCAAUCAACCACGAGAUGAAAUUAAGCUAGAUUCAGAGUCACUAACUACAAUUUCUUCUCCAUCAAUUGUCUAAACUACUGCCCACUGCGUCAAUUUUCUAGUUGUCGGGCGUGUUCCAUGGUGCCGUCUCAAUCGUCCCGGACGUAAUAGUAGGAGUGCCUGCGCAUCCAGUGGUGUA